AUGGCCCUCUCAGUGGACUCGUCUUGGCACCGGUGGCAGUGGCGAGUCAAAGAUGGCCUCCCCUGGUCUGCUUCAGAAAUUACACCACUGCUGUCUCCAGAGAGGCAGAGGCAGAGCUACAACCUGAGACAGCAGCGGGUCGUGUUCCCCAACAACAGAAUAUUCCACAAGGAUUGGGAAAAGGUCUCCAGGAGAUACUCCAGCAACAGAAUCUGCACAACCAGAUAUACUCUCCUCACCUUCCUGCCCCAGAAUCUCUUUGAGCAGUUUCACAGGUGGGCUAAUCUCUAUUUCCUGUUCCUGGUGAUUCUGAACUGGAUGCCUUCCAUGGAAGUCUUCCACAGGGAAAUCACCAUGUUACCACUGGCUGUUGUCCUGUUCAUUAUCAUGGUCAAGGAUGGCAUGGAGGACUUCAAGAGAUACCUUUUUGAUAGAGAGAUCAACUGCUCCCACAUCCAUAUAUAUGAAAGAAAAGAGCAGAGCUACAUGCAGAGGCACUGGAAGGAUGUGCAUGUGGGAGACUUCAUCCAAAUGCGAUGCAAUGAGAUCAUCCCAGCAGACAUCCUCCUCCUCUUUUCCUCCGACCCCAGCGGGAUCUGCCACCUGGAAACCGCCAACUUGGAUGGAGAGACAAACCUCAAACAAAGGCGUGUCGUGAAGGGCUUCUCCCAGCAGGAGGCACAGUUCAAACCGGAACAUUUCCACAAUACCAUUGUGUGUGAGAAACCCAACAACAACCUCAACAAAUUUAAGGGCUAUAUGGAGCAUCCUGACAAGACCAGGACUGGCUUUGGCAGUGAGAGUCUUCUGCUUCGAGGCUGCACCAUCAGAAACACUGAGAUGGCCAUUGGCAUUGUCAUCUACGCAGGCCAUGACACAAAAGCCAUGCUGAACAACAGCGGCCCACGCUACAAACGCAGCAAGAUCGAGCGGCGCAUGAACACAGAUGUCUUCUCCUGCAUCGGGCUCCUCUUCGUCAUGUGCCUUAUCGGAGCUGUAGGACACAGCCUCUGGAAUAGAACCUUUGAAGAACACCCUCCCUUCGAUGUACCAGAUGCCAAUGGUGACUUCCUUCCCCUUGCCCUUGGGGGCUUCUACAUGUUUCUCACAAUGAUCAUCCUGCUCCAGGUGCUGAUCCCCAUCUCUCUGUACGUGUCCAUUGAGCUGGUGAAACUGGGGCAAGUCUUCUUCCUGCACAACGACCUUGACCUGUAUGAUGAAGAGACCGAUGUGCCCAUUCAGUGUCGAGCCCUCAAUAUCACUGAGGACCUGGGCCAGAUCCAGUACAUCUUCUCUGACAAGACAGGGACCUUGACUGAGAACAAGAUGGUGUUCCGGCGUUGCACCAUCAUGGGUAGCGAGUUUUCUCACCAAGAAAACGCCAAGCGACUGGAGACCCCAAAGGAGCUGGACUCAGACAGCGAAGGGUGGACCCAGUACCAGUGCCUGCCCUUCCCGUCCAGAUGGGCCCAGGGCUCAGCAACUGUGAGAGGCCAAGGAGGUGCCCAGCCUCUGAGGAGGUGCCACAGUGUCCAGGUGCCCAUCCAGCGCCAUUCCCGACAAAGGUCCGUGAAGCACUAUGAAAACUCACAGCCUCCGGUGGCCUUCAGCAGCCCCAUAGAAAAAGAUGUGGCCCCAGACAAAAGCCUACUGACUAAGGUGCGGAAUGCUGCCCUGUGGCUGGAGACCUUGUCAGACACCAAGCCUGCCAAACCUUUCCUCUCCACCACUUCCUCCAUUGCUGAUUUCUUCCUGGCCCUUACCAUCUGCAACUCCGUCAUGGUCUCCACAACCACUGAGCCCAGGCAGAGGGUCACCAUCCCAUCCUCGACCAACACUCUGGGGAUGUCCCUGGAGAAGAUUCAUCAACUCUUCCAGAGGUUGAAGCUGUCAAGCCUCAGCCAGUCGUUCUCAUCCACGGCACCCUCUGACACAGAUCUAGGGGAGAGUUUGGGGACCAACAUACCCACCACAGACUCAGAUGAGAGAGACGAUGCAUCUGUGUGCAGUGGAUGCUCCUCCACCGACGGUGGCUACAGGAGCAGCACGUGGGAACAGGGUGACAUCCUGGGGUCUGGGGAGGGGCCUCCGCUGGAGGAGGUGCUGGAGGCCCCGACCCUGGGCCUGGGCAGUCCUGAGCUCUGUUAUGAGGCCGAGAGCCCUGAUGAGGCGGCCCUAGUGCAUGCCGCCCAUGCCUACAGCUUCACGCUGGUGUCCCGCACACCUGAGCAGGUGACCGUGCGCCUACCCCAGGGCACCUGCCUCACCUUCGACCUCCUCUGUACCCUGGGCUUUGACUCUGUCAGGAAGAGGAUGUCCGUGGUUGUGAGGCACCCACUGACCGGCGAGAUCAUAGUCUACACCAAGGGCGCUGACUCAGUUAUCAUGGACCUGCUGGAAGACCCAGCCUGUGUGACUGACAGUAAUGUGGAAAAGAAGCUGAGGAAAAUCCAAGCCAGGACCCAGAAGCAUCUAGAUUUGUACGCAAGAGACGGCCUGCGCACACUGUGCAUCGCCAAGAAGGUGGUAAGCGAAGAGGACUUCCAGCGGUGGGCCAGUUUGCGGCGUCAGGCGGAGGCAGCCCUCGAUAACCGAGAGGAGCUUCUAAUGGAGACGGCUCAGCAUCUGGAAAAUCGACUCACCUUGCUUGGAGCCACUGGGAUUGAAGACCGGCUGCAGGAAGGAGUUCCAGAUACAAUUGCUGCUCUGCGGGAGGCUGGUAUCCAGAUCUGGGUCUUGACUGGAGAUAAGCAGGAGACAGCAAUCAAUAUCGCCUAUUCCUGCAGACUGUUAGAUCAGACUGACACAGUUUACACCAUUAAUACAGAGAAUCAGGAAACCUGUGAAUCCAUCCUCAACGGUAUACUAGAAGAAGUAAAGCAAUUUCAUGGACCACUGAAGCCAGACCGAAAGCUUUUUGGGUUCUGCAUGCCCUCUGAGACGCCAUCCACUGCCUCAGUAGCCGUCGUUCCAGAAGUUGGAUUGGUCAUUGAUGGGAAGACGUUGAGUGUCAUAUUCCAGGGAAAGCUGGAGAAGAAGUUUCUGGAGUUGACCCAGUAUUGCCGGUCUAUCCUGUGUUGUCGCUCCACCCCACUCCAGAAGAGUAUGAUAGUCAAGCUGGUGCGAGACAAGUUGAGCGUCAUGACCCUUUCCAUAGGUGAUGGAGCAAAUGACGUGAGCAUGAUUCAAGCCGCUGAUAUUGGAAUUGGGAUAUUAGGACAAGAAGGCUUGCAGGCCGUCAUGUCCAGCGACUUCGCCAUAUCCCGCUUCAGUCACCUCAAGAAGCUACUGCUCGUUCAUGGCCACUGGUGUUACUCACGCCUGGCACGGAUGGUGGUGUACUUCUUCUACAAAAACCUGUGCUACGUCAACCUGCUUUUCUGGUAUCAGUUCUUCUGUGGCUUCUCUGGCUCCACCAUGAUCGAUUACUGGCAGAUGAUAUUCUUCAAUCUCUUCUUCACCUCCUUGCCUCCCCUCAUCUUCGGAAUCCUCGAUAAAGACAUCUCUGAGGAGAUGCUUCUGGCGUUGCCUGAGUUAUACAAGAGUGGCCAGAACUCUGAGUACUACAAUCUGUCGACUUUCUGGAUUUCCGCGGUGGAUGCAUUCUAUCAGAGCCUCAUCUGCUUCUUUAUCCCUUACCUGACCUACAAGGACUCUGAUAUUGACAUCUUCACCUUUGGGACACCCAUCAACACCAUUGCCCUCACUACAAUCCUCUUGCACCAGGCAAUGGAAAUGAAGACCUGGACCGUUAUCCACGUACUUGUCCUUGUCGGCAGCUUCCUAACGUACUUUGUAGUAACCCUAGUGUACAACGCCACCUGCGUCACAUGCAACAGCCCCAUCAACCCAUACUGGGUGAUGGAAGACCAGCUCUCAGACCCCACCUUCUACCUCGUCUGCUUCCUCACUCCAGUCGUGGCUCUUCUCCCAAGGUACUUUUUCCUGUCUGUACAAGGGACCCAUGGGAAUUCUCUGAUCUCAAAAGCUCAGAAAUUAGACAAACUUCCCAAGGACAAAAGAGAGCUGAAAAUUCAGAGCUGGAGAAGCAAACAGAGGCCAGCCCUUGUCCCUGAAGGAGCUCAGCCCACCCUCCAUCCAGGGCCACCUGUCCCAGCACAGGACUUCAGAGCCAGCACGCCAAAGAGCUCUUCCCCUCCCAAGGUGAAGCACAUGGAGGACUGGGAGCUCCAUGGAAAGAGGUGCAGCAGAGACCACAUGAGGGACGAACCGCACUCAGGGGGCUCCUCAGCCAAAUUCUUAUCUGGAGAGCACCUUCUGGGGCCCAGUAGGGCCAUGUCUCCUGGACCUUACUCAAAUGGACAGAUUAAUGUGCCCCGGCCCUCAAGCAGGGGCAGCCAUCGCAGAUCCCAGAGUACACUGACCGUCUGAGGGGCCUGCAGAAGUCUGUACAAACUUAGAGAGGUUGCCCAGUAACUGGCACAAGAAAUUGUUCGUCUUCACGGGAUCAAGAAUGUGCAGUCUUACUCUUUUUUCCCCAUCAGUCUUGACUUCCGUAGAGGAAGUGCUGGCCCCAAGGGACAAAA